UUCUCAACUGCUAUAUCCUCACUCUUAGUAACCGGUUAUAGGUUACAUGAAAACGAAGUAUUAGCUUUAUAUGGAAGAGAAUAAUUAAUCUCUAAAAGUUUAUAUCCAAACAUUCAAAAUCAAAAUAAAAAAAAUAAUAUGCUUUUCUGCUACUUAAUACAGAAACUGUCAUAUUUAGUUUUUCCUCGAAACAGGAAACAAAAUUUCUCAUUCAUUUGUAAUUUUUUCUUUCCGCUUUUCUGUGAUUUCCUAGCACCUGAUUCAGGAAAGGAUUGAUAUUUUUCACAAUCUUGAUAUUUAAUCUAUAAUUAUUUCCUUAUUAGAUUCUGUCACAAUGAUGGAUAAAUAGUUACUGGUUUUGGUUUUUGGGUUAUAACGGUUAUACAGUGCAGAUUUUGCAACCAAAAAAAGUAAAUCCUUUUGAAGAUUUUCAUACUUUGUAAUAUGGAAAUAGGAUUUUCAAAAUCUCUUGGAAGGAAGAGGGUAAUUGUUUCUGAAAAUAUGGAAUCUUUUUCAACUUUUACUCCUUUGAAGAGAGUAUACAGUGGUAGAUUUAAUUUCAAUUAUGAUAUAUCUCUCCUUGAAUCACUUCCUCAAGAUAUUCUGUUUCAUGUUUUGUGUGGGGUUGACCAUGAUGAUUUGAAGCAGCUUUUUCAUGUAUCCAGAAUAACACGACAAGCGACACUUAUUGUGAAAGAAUCGCAUUUUCAAUUUAGCACACCAAAGAAGAAAACUUAUGAUUCAAGUGAUAAAUCUCCAGAAAUUGAAGCUCCAAAAGCUCCAUUGAAGAAAUCAAAAGAAUCAAAGUUUAGUGCGGAAGAACUAAGUGAUAUCUCUACAGUGUUGUUUUGUGUCACGGAUUGCACCAUUGAUGAAGAUUAUGAAUAGAUAUUCUAUUUAAGAAUUAAGAAUUAACUUGUAAGAUAGAUUAGAAAG